UGAGGAGCGAGUGCGGUUUGGGCAAAUGGAGGGUUCGAUCGGCGACUCGCCGCCGCCGCUGCCCAUCUUCAGGAACCGGUACUGGAUCCUCCGCCACGGCCGCAGCGUCCCCAACGAGCGCGGCAUCAUCGUCUCCUCACUGGACAACGGCACGAAGCCGGAGUUCGGGCUGGCCCCGCAGGGCGUCGAGCAGGCGCGCUGCGCAGGCGAGUCGCUCCGCAAGGAGCUUGAGCAGAUGGGUGUGCCUGUAGAUUCUGUGAAGAUCCGUUAUUCGCCGUUCUCUCGGACCACCGAGACGGCAAGGGCGGUCGCUGGCGUGCUUGGCGUUCCAUUUGAUGGCCCCAGCUGCAAAGCAGCCGUAGAACUUCGUGAGCGUUAUUUUGGACCAUCAUAUGAGUUGCUUUCUCAUGAGAAGUAUGCAGAGGUCUGGGCGGUAGAUGAAGCAGAUCCCUUUAUGGCUCCAGAAGGUGGCGAGAGUGUUGCAGGUGUUGCUAGUAGACUCGCAGGGGUCCUGUCUUCUAUAGAGAUGGAGUUACAAGGUUCAGCUGUUCUUAUUGUCAGUCAUGGGGACCCACUGCAGAUCUUUCAAGCAGUGCUCGGUGCAGCCAAGGAAAACCCAUCUUUCCUUGACGAGGUAACUGACCUGCAAAAGAAAAACCUGGUAGCUCCAUCCGUGUUGUCACAGCACCGCAGGUUUGCACUCAACACAGGAGAAUUGCGCCGAGUUGUGUGACUUGAUGCAGCUUUGAUAGCUUGAUUCUACACUCCUAUGUUGUAGAUAAGGGUCCAUAAACUCUGCUGGGUGUGAUUCUUAGCAGUUCUGCUGUGAUACAAAACACAGAUUGUUUUAUCUCCGUAAGAGCUGAAUGUAACCAAACAUAUAUUUGUAGUCUAUGAGUUGGCAUCAUUCAAGUAAAUCAGUAACCUGACACA